GACCUUGUCCUGACGUUCAACCUGUCCAUGCAUCGCUCCUGGUGGAUGGAGAACGGCCCGGGGUGCAGGGUGACACCCAUCACCCCUCCUCCCUCCUGGGCACCCGAAGACCACCGAUAUAUAUCUAUAUCCGGCUGUCUGAUGGAUUUCCAGUUCAUAGAGGUGGCUCACUCCUCGCUGCAGAUACUCCUGGCUGUUCUGACUCUGGACAGAAAGCCUGACCGAGCUCCCUUGAAGACCUGA